CUGGGGUGCAUGUAGCGCCAAAACUCAAACUUGUAAUUGAGCGGGAGAUACCCUGCAGAACAUUUCAGGCGCGGGCUGCAGCACUACCGAUAGAAUAUGGCCACUCCACCGAAACGGAUUUGCAUCGACUUGCCGCCAUCCCCUUCAGGCAAGAACUGCAAGGUUAAAAGGAUUUCCAUAGAGGGGAACAUCGCUGCUGGGAAAUCUACCUUUGUGAAUAUUCUCAAAAAGGCCAAUGAAGACUGGGAGGUUGUUCCUGAGCCCAUAGCAAGAUGGUGCAAUAUACAGAGCUGCAAAGAUGAAUUUGAGGAACUAACCACCUCUCAGAAAAGUGGAGGUAAUCUACUACAGAUGAUGUAUGAAAAGCCAGAGCGCUGGUCCUUCACUUUUCAGUCCUAUGCUUGUUUGAGCCGAAUCAGGGCCCAGCUGAAGGCUUUGGGAGGGAAGCUAAAAGAAGCAGAAAACCCGGUGCUCUUUUUUGAACGUUCAGUUUAUAGUGACAGGUAUAUCUUUGCAUCCAAUUUGUAUGAGGCAGAGUGCAUGAAUGAAACUGAAUGGACUGUUUACCAGGAUUGGCAUGACUGGAUGAAUUCUCAGUUUGGUGCAGAUCUUGAACUAGAUGGAAUUAUUUAUCUCCGUGCUAUCCCAGAGAAAUGUUUAAACAGGAUUUACUCCCGUGGUAGGGAGGAAGAACAAGGAAUUCCCAUGGAAUACUUGGAAAAACUUCAUUACAAGCAUGAGAGCUGGCUCCAUCACAGAACUAUGAGAACGGAUUUUGAGUACCUUCAAGAAAUCCCCAUCCUGACUUUGGAUGUUAAUGAAGAUUUCAAAGAUAAUAAACAGAAGCAAGAGAGCCUAAUUGAAAAGGUAAAGGAAUUUUUGAGCACUUUAUAGCAACCUGAAGAUUCCUGAAGUUUCCCUGCUUCUGUGAGGUGUUUCUACAAUUUAUUAGCAGAUUUUAGAGUUUGAAAUGGAAUGAAUGCAGCUACAUGUUUUUAUUUGUUUUUUAUCAAGGUUUCAUACACAUGGUUUCAACAGUGCAGUGUUUCUACUUUGGUGUGCUUAGAGUGGGCUUUUUGCAUGAUCCAAACUUAUAAGGGCUCUGGCACACGAGGAGAUUUGUCGCCUGUGUUUUUUCCCCCUGGCGCUUUGGCGAGAAGUUGCCACGACAAUACACACAAAGAGACUUCAUGCGAGUUGAGCUCCAGGCGAUCUGCUACCCAUGGUACCACUCAACAGUUACCCCUCCCACAUGUUUACUCAAGUCGCUCAGAAAAGGGUCUGUGUGCAAUUUGAAACAGGCGACUUGAAGUAGCCUCAUAUGUUUUGACGCUGGCGAUUUUCAUUGGUUUAGCAUUGGCGUCUUGUCGCCAAAUCGCUCUUUUAAAAAUCGCCGGCAACAAAUCUCAUGUGCCAGAGCCCUUAGGGAGUGAGCUCCAUGCUUUUUUCACAGAUAUCAUUCUCUGUCUUCUAGAAAUGAAGACAACAUAGAGAGAGUAAAAAGUGCAUCUAAGUUAUAUUAACUGAUCUUUUUUGAGGGAAAAUCCUCCCCUUCUCAUAUUACAUCACUUGAGUUGCUGCACAAGAUGUUGUUCUAUGAGAGAAUGUGCAAAAGCCCUUUCAUAUCCUUUGAUUUGUGUCUAGUUUUCUUGUCUGGUGUAUCGCCUAGAAACGGUACAAAGUGAUGGAUAAUAGGGAAACUCUUGACUCUCUCAGCCGCCACUUUUACAAUUUUAGCCCUUGAAACCACUUUUAGGGAACAAUUCCUCCUUAAAGGCACUGUGCUUCUGGCUGAUUAAUGUGGGAACAAUGCAACCAAUAAUUUAUUUUGUGUCAUUUUUAUAAAUGUAAUUAUCUUAAAUAUACUUGUUUUUGCUGAAGGUGCUACAACUUUGAUUAUCCUAUUUUUAUGCACCAGUGUGCAUACAUACUAGAAUCGCUUUGCCCAGCCCAUCACACUAUACAGUGUUAUGGGUAUAUUGUAUCUAUAUAUCUGUAAGCCCGACAAGGAGCAGAAUGAGUCCCUUUAUUCCUUCCUGCACCAACACUAUACAGAUAUGCCAUAGAACUAACCUAACCAUGCUAAUCUUCACAUGCAAUGGAAUUAGUGUGUUUUUAGUUUAUUAAAUCAGAUGUUAGUGUUACUGUCUCUUUUAAAAGAAAUAAUGUAUUAAAAUACCAGUUUGAACCCUGUGCCAAAUAUAUUAUUAGUUUACAUUGGCUCCAGGAUUCCUUAUGGCUAAACUGACCGCAUACAUACAUACAUACAUACAUACAUACAUGCCAGCUAGAAGUUUUGGAAUAGUCAUGAGCAGGUUGACUUGGGAAAGAUUCAGGACAUGGUGGUGUGCCCAGGUAUUCGGGGAGUGGCAGGUGAAAGUUAACUUGGGGCCUCUCCUUUGGUGAUGAAAUAGUGCUUAACCAAGUUAUCAAAUGGGAGUGUUGUAUCAUAAAGUAGAAGAGAACUUCUGUCUGUCAUUGGGAAGUAGAGGCUUAGGGUAAGUUUGAAGUCGCAAAAUUUCUGACCUGCUUAUCACUUUUUGGGACAGGGAAAAUUAAAAUUUUGCCAGCAUGCGCUGUUGUAUAUUUCUUGGAAUGGGUUGGUAAGUAUGACCUGAUAUUAUGGGAAAACCUGCCAGUAGCCUCUGCUAGUGACUGCCUUUGUACAAUGCAGGAUGUUAACUAACUAAGUUAAGUCUAAACUAAGCAUGGAAUGGAAAAAUAGAAUUGCUGAAAUGCAUGUAUAGUGCAUUUUUGCAUUUCCGCCGGAAAAAUAUUAACCCUUCCAAUGUAUACUGUAACUUUUUACCAUUAUGUUUGCUUCUAAUAUAGAAUAUUUAAAUUUUUAGGGAUAUAGCAUUUUUCUCUAAACUGGUUCAUGGGCCAGUGUGAGGUUGUGGCAGAGGAAUAUGGAACAGUACUGUUUUUUGUGUUUUUUUUUAUAGCCUCAGGGAUCAUGCUAGUCCAAUGAUAGAUUUCAAACGGUAAAUGUGAAAAAAUGGCACUGGAACUUCUGAAUUCUUGAUUAGUUUACAGUUAUUUUUCAUGAACUUUGUUGACAAUGCUAUGCUUAAUUCAUGUAAAUGCUACCUUUGCAUUUUAAAGGAGAAAGAAAGGUAAAAACUAAGUAGUAAGUUUUAUCAGAAAGGUCUAUGUAAACACAGCCAUAAGCACUCACAGAAAUGCUGCACUGACUUCAGUGAAAAGAUUUCUUGUGUCUCUAAUUUAUGUGCCAGAGACACGCAGCUCUCUCCUGCUCCCCCUCCCUCAAGAAUGCUAAGACUCGCUCCCCCCCCCCCCCCAAGUGAUUUUACCUUUUCGUUGCCCUUUAAGGGCACUAUUGAGACAACCGAAGGUAUGCCUGCAGCUUGAGAUAAACUCUUUAUUGGCCUUUCCUUCUCCUUUAAAAUACGUUUGUCAAAACUGAUUUGGAACUGCAUCUCAGAGCAAGUGCUGGUUGGACAUCCCUAUUCUGUCCUUUAUCUACCAAUUAAGUACCCCCUUUAGUUUUCAGUGGUCUUAAGGAACACUUAAUCUGUGUAUUUCAUAUAAAUAUGAACUUUGAAUGGAAUGUUUCACCUAUUAUUAUGAAUAGCUUUUUUUUAGCUAUUUCUUCUGUUUUGGUUUUUUUAAUGCACUGAUUAUAUAAUAUGUUUUUUCUCCACAGUUGCAGGUAUAAGAAUGCACAAGUUCCAGAAGGGCCUGGAACUUGUGUUUAAACAGUUGUUUCUGUUAGCUAUGACCUUUUUAAGCAAAUUUUGUUUUAUGCAAGUAACACAUACAUUAUUAUAUAUAUAUAUAUAGUGUACACUUUUGUAUAUUCUGUUGCUUUUUAAAUAAAGUUUUAAAACUA